AUGGAUGACAAGUCUKCUGAUUACAAACGACUGCCUUUAUAUCCAAUAUAUGGUUGGAGGAGAAGAUGGGGUUGUCGUAGAUGUWAUGGAGGUUAUGGUGGUUAUGGUGGCUAUGGUGGCUAUGGUGGCUAUGGUGGCUAUGGAGGUUAUGGAGGUUAUGGAGGUUAUGGAGGUUAUGGAGGUUAUAGAGGUUAUGGUGGUUAUGGUGGCUAUGGUGGACACAGAGGUUAUGGUGGUUACGGUUUCAAUGGUGCCUCUCAUGCCAUGGAGUCGUGGAAAAAAUGGGGACCAACUUAUGGUCGACUCUUAGAGCGUAUGAAUUCAGUAAAUGAAAUUUUUAUUGAUGAGAUAGUAGUCUAUGAUUUGGAGCUAUUGUGGCCAAACAUUUACGAAUAUCUGGAGAAUCUGAUUGUCGGGUUUGCGGUCAUGUUUUUGUUGGUCUAUACAUUUGUCUCAAUUAUUAUGACCGACUCUUUUAUUAUAUUUUUGAACACAACUAACGAUAGAUUUUGGCAAAACAUUCAAAUUAUUAGCGAUAUAUUUCAAUGUAUUAAUCCCGUCUUUAGACUUGUCAAUGAAAAAAUAUUGGAUGAUUACAAGAGAUAUCUGGAUCAUAAAGAUUAUGUACGACUAUUGAAACGAUACGAACGAUUGAAACGGGAUAUCGAGUCCCGAAGCGAACUGGAAAAACGAAAGUUUAAACAAAAAUAUCUGAGACUUCAGCGCCGAUAUUCAAAGUCUAUCGGUGUUAUACUAUAUGAUGAAAAAAAGUUGGACUUAUUGGAGAAGAAGAUGGAAAAAAUCGAUAGAAUCAAGAAUAUGCCGAAAACAUAUGUUUUGGCCAUCAAUGAGGUAAUGGUUGACAACAACAAUACCGACGAUGAUAUGAGUGGCCGACAACAACAACGCGAUAAACAAAUCAAACAACUGGUCGAUGGGAUGCAUGUGUUGAAUAAGACAGCAAUUAUUACUGGAAAGACACACAAAAUUAGUGAUAAUUAG